AAUCAAUGCGUCAAUGUCAAACGACGUCAAAGAAGUCUGUGGUCAAAGACAAUAGUUAAUAUUAUUAUAUCUGAAUUAUUAUUUAAUUUAAUCAUUUCAAUUAAAUAGUACACAAAUUAUAAUAAUAGGGUGAUUGAAACGGCAUUGUUGAAGUACCAUGGACUCCAUUGGGGCGGAGGUGGGUCAAAAAAUGCGGAGUGCAAUCAAAGCGAAGCUCAUGGAACUGGAGUGCUAUGUCGAUGAAGAACUGCCCGAUUACAUCAUGGUAAUGGUUGCUAACAGACGAACCAAAUCCCAGAUGAACGAGGACCUGAAUUUGUUUCUGGCCUCCAAAACUCCGACUUUUGUCAAUUGGCUGCAUAUUGUGCUGAAGAAACUGAAGGAAGUCACUGUGACCAAUCCUGAUGUGUACAAAAAGGCUCUGAAGCGAAAGAGUGUUGAGUCUAUGCCAGACGACAAAAGCAGCCUGAAAGUGAAAAAAGAAAAAAGCCUGAAAAAGCUGAAAUCUGAGGUUUUAUCCAGCAGAGAGGAAGAGCAACCAUCAAGUUCCAUCACAGACGAUUUGCCAGUUACUCUAAACAAACUGCCAACAAGAAGAGUUAUUUUGAGUGACGGCAGUUUAACCAGCAACAUCGUUGAUGAUUCCUUUGAUAUCCCCUUGCUCUCUGAAGUGAGUGAAAGCAUGAACGAACAAGAACUGCAGGACAUUGAGAAGAAAAUAAGGAACGUUCGGACCAGGCUGGGGCUGUUGGUUGAGAGUGAUAGUGAAGAUAAUCCAAACGGUGUCAAGGACAAAAAUGGCGUGAAUUCAAGCGGUGCCAGCACACAACAGCUGAGGAUUCUGAACAAUGAGAUCGCAGAAGCCAACAGCACUACCAAUCAAAACCAACUUGUACUGGAAGAAAAAAAGCGCCAACACAAGCGAAUAAGCUUUGAAAGCGAGGAAGAAACUCUCGAUAUCAGGUCAAGAUUAAAUAAGCUGACUCAAAGUGGAUCAAAGGAGCGCUGUAGGGGUAGAUCUCCGCCAACACAACGACGUUCCAUUUUGGAGCGAUUAGGGAAACGAUUGUCUAGUCCUGAAAACCCGAGAACCACCGAAGGAUCCCGCCGGAGGCUCCCUAGAAGUCCCUCAGCAGACAGAUCUGGAAGGACCCAACUCGGCAGUGUUGGUAAAGAGAGAAACCGAAGUCGCAGUCCUUUAAAGACGAAAAGAGAGGGAAUACUGAGUCGGCUGGGGGUUCAAUCAAAAGUGGCCGUGGUUAAGAGGCCAGAAGCUGCCAGCAAAGCAAGCGAGGAGGAAGACGAAACAGUAGUUAGGGAAGUUCAAAGUCUCAUCAAAGUAAAGCCGCGGGUUCUGCCAAGCAACGUGGCCCAGCCUAAUAAGAACUUGCUCUUAAAGGCAAUGGCCGAUGCCCAGCGAAGCAUCGCCCAAACUCCAAAUGUUGGCAAAGAAGUGAAGCCCGAACUAUUUACGAAGAGAUAUUUGGAAAAACCCACGCUUCAGACGGAUAACGGCGUUAGAAAACCAGCAACGCAAAGAGUGCUGUUGCCGAAAGAAGCGUCUGGCCGACUGAAGGGCAGACUGGAACUGAGCAGCGAUGAGUUUGAUAGCGAUGGCGAAUAUAUUCCCAAACCGGUUAAGAAUGCGGAGAGGGAUGUUCCUAGUUACAUACCCUCGUCAAAAAGUAGUAGCGAAACUGAAUUAAUGGGGAAUGAGCCAAAAGAAGACAGUACUGUCAAACAACAAUUCAUUAUUACGUUAGAUGGGAUUGAAAAGUUCGAUUUUCUUGCAAAAAAAUCGCCAGUUAAAUCAAGACUGGACACACAAGCGCCAUCCCCGAUUGUUUUUGGGAAAACUGCCAAAAUUGGUUUGAUGAAUAGAUCGAUUCCGGACGAACUGCCUGUUGUGCGAACGUCGUUUUUGGUGAAAAAUAAAGAAAGGUGUCGAUAUUGGCCAGCCUGCAGGCAAGGAGACAAAUGCGAGUUCGUCCAUCCAUGCGAACCCUGCCAAACAUUUCCUCAUUGCAAAUUUCGCGACAGUUGCCUGUUUUUGCAUCCAAAAUGCAAGUUUAGCGCGGGCUGCACCAAGCGAGAAUGUCCUUAUGAGCACGGUUCAUUCAAGGCGCCUCAAAAUGCAAAGUUCAGCAACACGUCAUUAAGCCUGCAGAGCUGUCGGUUUUUCCCGAAUUGCAUCAAUGUAAAUUGCCCGUUUUACCAUCCGAAACCGUGCAAAUUUGGCAAAUAUUGCAACAAUAUUGCCGAUUGCAGUUUCGCUCAUGAUAUUUCCACUACUCGGAAAAACAUGAAUUGGACAAAGUAGACGCUCGACAGAUUAUGAGUACCUAUAUUUAUUGCAUCUGUCUACUUAUUUAGCAGGAGGUUUUGCGGGACGUUCAUUUUCGAUUAUUGUUAGUUAUAUGUGUUGUUCUGCUUUGCCGACGAAAAUUUACCUAUUGUUCAAUCGAGUACUUGAUUACAUUUGAAAGUAAAGAAAAGGGGCGCAGUGUGAUCAAAGAUUCAUAAAAUUCGUGUUUGAAAUUAAA